UUUAAGAAAAAGAUGUUGUCUUGGGGAACUGCUGUAACUAAAGGAAAAUAUUUGCAUAUGCGUUGUAUUGCUCAUAUUUUGAAUUUAGUUGUUAGUGAUGGUUUAAAAGAUGUUAAUGAGUCUGUUAAAAAGGUUAGAGAUUGUGUGAGGUACAUAAGGAAUAGUCCUGCUAGACUUAAAAAAUUUAAGGAAGCUGCUGAGUUUGUAGGAGUAGAAACUAAAAAGGGAUUAUGUCUUGAUGUACCUACUCGCUGGAAUUCAACAUUUUUAAUGCUUUCAACUGCCUGUUUAUAUGAGAAAGCAUUUGAAAAAUAUGACGAGGAUGAAUCUUCUUUUAAGAGUGAUUUGGGUGGGAGUGUUCCUGAUUCCCUAACUUGGGAGGUGGUUAGGAAGUUUGCAGACUGUCUUUCACACUUUUAUUAUGUCACCUUGCGAAUAUCUGGUUCUUUGUAUGUUACUUCAGACAUGCAUUUUCAAGAAAUCUGUGAUUUAAAUGUUGUAUUGUCUGAUAUGAUGUUAAGUGAGGAUUUUGAUGUGAACAAUUUGGGUGGGAAAAUGAAACUGAAGUUUGACAAAUAUUGGGGUGAUCCUGAUAAAAUGAACAAGUUAAUUUUUUUUGCCUAUGUGUUUGAUCCUUCAGCUAAGUUAGAGGGCAUGGAAUACUCUCUCUGUAUUAUGUUUGGGAAUGUCAAUGGUGCUGUGUUGUACAAGUCUGUUGUUGAUGAGCUUAACUUGUUGUUUAAUGAAUACAAAACUUUGUAUGAAUCUGGUGGGAGCAAUAUUUCUGUCACUGAGUUAAGCUCUGAGACUCCCUUGUCACAACCUGAAAAGGGCUUGAACUUGGCCUCUGUCCCUGGUGCAAGAAAGAAUAAACAUCCUUCAGUAAUGAAGGCACGAUUCAAGCAGCACAGGAGGGAAAUGGGAACCUCAAGUGCUCAAAGGAGUGAGUUAGAUGUUUAUCUAAGUGAGGAUUUGAUUGAGGAUGAUGAUGAUCUUGAGGUUCUAAAUUGGUGGAAGCAUAACUCAUCACGCUUUCCAGUUCUCUCUCGACUUGCCCGCGAUAUACUUGCUGUUCCCAUUUCCACCGUGGCGUCUGAGUCUGCAUUCAGUGCUGGUGGGAGAGUUCUUGAUUGCUUCAGGAGUUCCCUGACUCCUAAAUUGGUGGAGGCACUCAUCUGUACCGAGGACUGGCUUAGACAAGCAAGUAAAACCCCUCUGGUUAUAGAAGAGUCAAUCGAAGAGCUUGAGAUAUUUGAGCAAGAGUUGCCAAAUGUUGGCCCUCCUGCUUUCUGAACCAAAGUAUGCUAUGAUCAAUCUUUUUGCUUUUGGAACACAUGUUCAUCAUGUGUAGUUUGGAGCUUUAAUAUGGUGGAAGCCAAACUGAAGGAACUGAUCUGUUCCAAUGUCCCUUGCCUCUUUUGAAAUCAGAAGCUAUGAUUCUUUGAUGCUCUGAAAAGCUGUGAAGCUUAUAUCCAUUUGAUGGAUCCUGUUGCUGUGACCCUUUUGAAAAGCAUCAGUCAUUGACUCAUUGCUAGUCCCUUCUGAAUCUGAACUUUUCCUAAAUUGGUGGUGGGAAGCAAAACUAAAAGUAUGAUUUUCUAACUCUUUUAACUCUUUCAAAAUAGUUUAUUUUAGUUUUUCUAUAAUGUCUAUGAUAUUGAUUAAACUUAAGUGUUUUAUUCUGAGUUUGAUCUUUUUUGAAAUUCCUGGUUUCAAACUUUCAUUUUUGGUGUUGACUGCUCUGUAAUGAAAUUCCUUGUUUCAAUUUACAGUUUUAACUUGCUUUCUGAUUCAUGACUGAUUUAGACUUUUAGAGACCUCAUUUGAAAUGUCUUGUUUCAAAGUUAUUGACCUGUUUUGAAAUUUCUGGUUUCAACUUUUAAGUUUUACUUUCAAAUUUUUUAAGUAAUAUUUUCAAACUUUUAGUUUUGGGCAAUGAUGAAGCU